ACAUUUUCUUGCAUGCCCGUAAGUUAUAGCAUGACAUACUUACGGGUUCAAGAGAGGACCCAAUAUAUUUUUUUUUUUGGUUGGGUGCAAUCUGACAUCAUUGCUAAUGGGUUUAUGGCAUUCAUGCUUAAUUAAUUUGCGCAGGUUGUAAGUCACUUCUAUUUGCACGGCGUUGUGUGUAAUUGGGACUGUGCAUCUGUGUUAACUGCCAUCUUCGGUGUAGUUUGUCUUUUUAUUGGAAUAGUCCGAGGUAUUGAAGAGGUCUUUUGCUAUGUCUGGAUCAAAGAAAAGCGCGAGUUACGGUGGUGGUAAUGAGACUGGGAAGCGAAACCUUCCUUCAUGGAUGAGUUCAAGAGAGAAUGAGGUUGGUGACGAUGAGGAAAGUAAUAAGGGUGAAAACCCUAAGCAAGCUAAAGGGCGCGGUAAAGAACAUACAGGCUCCUCAAAUCUCUCCAAACUUCUGGAAGGUGUAGUGUUUGUGUUGUCAGGGUUUGUUAAUCCUGAGCGUGGUAUUUUGCGAUCACAAGCACUGGAAAUGGGAGCAGAGUAUCGGCCGGACUGGAACUCGGAUUGCACUCUCUUGGUUUGUGCAUUUCCCAACACCCCAAAGUUUAGACAAGUCGAGUCAGAUUGCGGGACUAUUGUUUCGAAGGAGUGGAUAUCUGAGUGUUAUACACAGAAGAAGCUUGUUGACAUUGAAAGCUUUCUUAUGCAUGUUGGCAAACCAUGGCGGAGAAGGGACAUUCCCAUUGAAAGCCAAGCUUUUGCAGAUCAAAAGGCAUCACCACACAAAAAACCUGAGAAGAAAGCUGAAAGAGGACGGCAUUCAAAGCCAAUUGCUCCGGUAUCCUCAGAGCAUCACCUAGCUUCCAAUACUGCCAACGAGUGUUUUUCUCCUUCUGAAGUGAAGAGGUGGGCUGUCAAUGAUUUGAAUAGAACCAUCAGAUGGCUAGAGAGUCAAGAUGAAAAGCCAGAUCCAAGAGAUAUAAGGAAAAUAGCUGCUGAAGGGAUCUUAACCUGUUUACAAGAUGUCAUUGAUUCUCUUGAACAAAAGCAGGAUAUCCAGCAUGUAACUGAGCAGUGGAACUUCAUCCCUCGUGCGGUUGAGGAGCUGGCAAGGCUUGAGGACACUGGAAAUGCGUUAGCCUCAAUCUCAAAUGAGGAGCGUUGCAGACAGGCAAAGACCUGUAAACGACUAUAUGAGGAGGAACUGAGCAAUUUGGCUGAUAAUCCUUCGACCAUGAAGAAAGGGCCAAAUACUGAUGAAAGGAAUGGGAGAAUCAAAGGCAAAAGCAAGGAUGCAGCAGAGUAUGACAGCGAUGAAACCAUCGAAAUGACAGAAGAGGAAAUAGAGCUUGCCUACAAAACUGUCUCAUCUAAGAUCCGUCAAUGAUGGCCUCAUUCCAGUUAACUUGACAAAUAAGGUGAUAUUUUUGUGUGCUCAUCAUGAAUGAAUUUUCAUGUCACCUAUAAAUCGAAGUUCUAAGCAAAAUCAACUCUCUCUCUCUCUCUCUCUCUCUCUCACGCUCUUGGCAAGCGCAUCUAUGAAGCUUAGGCAAACAUCUUGCGAGCCCAACAAAAUUAAUCUCCUAGCGGAUUGGUGGAGGGAGAGGAGGAAGGAAGUAAGGUUGAUACCAUUCCAAUACGGACAGAUUUUGCUUCCUCUCUGUCCGGUUCCUAUCCUAUCCAUGCUCCCAAUGGGUGGAUGGCAUGAAGUCUCGGCCGAGGAUGAGAGAUUUUGCCCGCACCCAUCAAUUAGCUGGGCAGACCUAUUCUCAAAAUCUCUCGUGCAAUCCAUCCAGAAAAAUAUUGCUCAGUCCAUUUUUUUUAUUUCCCACGAAAAUAAGAGAGAAAAGAUUCAACUAACUCGAUAGAACAGCAAUAAAGUAAAGAUUCAACUA